AUGGCCAAGACGACGACGGCGGCGGCGGCGUUUGCGACGCGGUCCGAGCGCGCGCUGGUGCUCAACGUCGUGCGCGAAGACUUUGGCCACCUGACUGGACAAGUGGCCGAGACGCUGCUGCGCGCCGAGGGACUGCGACUGGCGGAGAUCGCGUCAAAGCUGCAGCGACCGACAACGACGUCCCACGCGCCGCCGUCUUCGGUGCACCAGAUCACGGGGGCGCUGCUCAAGUUGCUGCAGCACAAUCUGCUGGACGUGGCGCCCGUGGCCAGUCGAAGCGAUGGCGUCCAGACCGUGACGUACAAGAUGAACGUGCAGGAGGUGAUGUACCGUCUGCGGUUUCCCAAGUUCAUGGAGCAAGCAAGAGAAGCGUUUGGGUCAACGGGUCAAGUGAUCAUGGAGGAAGUGCUGCUGCAAGGCCGUAUGCGCAUCGACCAGUCGAUCGAGACGAUGGCGUACAACUUGGCCGACCAUCGCCGUCUUGAGCGAAAGAACAAGCAGGCACAGGAGAAUGGAGAUGCGUCUAGUCGCGUGGCAUCGAGAGAAAAAGGAGAGGAAGAGGAAGAAGAUGUGGUGAGUGAGAACGAGCUGGACGAGUGUCGAGACCAAGUGCGAGAGGUGUUUGUCGAGAUGGCCAAGAAACGCUACAUCUCACGAGUACACCCGUUGGAGGUGAAGGUUGCGGAGUCGAAAGAAGUGUCAGACUUUCCAGCAAGUAUAACGCGUGGACAGGAGAUGAAUGGUACAACCAACGAAAAUGCCAGUGCAGCGACUGCUGCGGCAGAUGCCGGCAAAAAACUGGGCAAUGCUGCUGACGAGGACGGGCUGACGGUUCGAAAGAAGCGAAAGGCUCUAUCUCAACAGUCAGGAAAUGCUAUCCCGGUAGAAUUACAAAUGAUGCUGGACGCAGAUGAGGCAGCUCGAAAGGAUGAUUCGGAAGCUGAGUGGGAGCCUAGUCCUGCAUCGACGUCUGCGUCUUCUGGUCGUGCGUCCAAGCGCACGAAAUAUGCAAAGCGUGCAAAGUUGCCUACGCGGGGUACAAGUUCUGGAAAUGCUCCUUUUGGGGACGAGACCAGCGGGGAUAGCGCAUGCGAUGGUCCUGGAGCUCACACGGACGAGCGGUCGUUGGUGUGGCGUUUCGGUGCCACGCAGUUGCUGCGUGACUUGCGUCACAAGGCGUGCAUUAGGUUUGCUACGGAGAAUGUGAAUGCUGUAGCCGGCGCUAUUGUAGCCGCCAUGCUUCAGCACUCGUCCCCACACGAACGCGAAAAGGACGAGCUGACUUCAUUCCCGGUGUCGGCGCGUGAUUUGUUCGGAAUGGAAAGUGUAAAGAAAGCGCUCCCUUCCGAAGCUAACAAUCCGUGGCGACUACUACUGAACUACAUGAUGGUCAUGUGCCGUGACAAGUCAGGUAUGGUGAUGAAAGUCGCACAUGAGGCAUUUGAUUCCACUCAGGCUCGCGCAGGUGAUGGUGGCCGGUAUGUGGUACACAUGCAGAAGAUCGUAGAGCUUUUGCAACAGGCCACGACUCACGCGUACAUCCAAGACAAGUACGGUGUUGCGAGCGCUCGCAUCGUGCGUUUACUUUUGGAGAAGCGCCAAUUGGAACAAAAGACGAUCGGUGAACUGGCGCUGCUGCCGUCCAAUGACGCAAGGCACCGGUUGUAUGAGAUGUAUACCGACAAGUUGCUGAAAUUGCAGGAAAUCUCGAAGCGUGCUGAUCACAACCCAGCGUUUACGUUUUUCUGUUGGUCUGUGGAUGUGCCGAAGAUGCAGGGGCGUAUCACCGAUCGCGUGCAGGACUCGUUGUGUCGUCUCCGUCGUCGACGGAAGUUUGAAGCGGAGGAGAACAAGGAGCUGAUUGCGCGGUCGGAACAGCUGGUAGAAGCCAACGAUCUGGCCAAGUUUGACAAGCUCAGCCGUUCGUUGGACCGUCUUGAUCGAGCCGUUAUUCACUUGGACGGUAUGCUGAUGCUUUACCGCGAUUUCUAG